AUGUCGCAGUCAACAGACGAUCCCGAGAAGUUGUUGAAUAAUUGGCUAGGAGAGCUCGACAGUUUAAUAAUGGGCUUAGAAACUUAUCAGCAAUCUCCAGUAAAAUUAAGACCGAAGGAGCAACUUUCGGUGCCAAAAACAGAACGAAUAAAUUCAUACAGAUUCUCAAUGGCGAAUCUAGAAGAGACACAAGAGUCAGAACUCGACUCAAUACUCACCGAAUUGAGUAUGUUGGAACAGAAAGGUGAUUUAAGACAGAGUCGAGUACAAACACAUAGCCGAUCGAGUUCUAUAGUGUCAUCAGGUGUCAAUUCAACCAUCUCGACAAGUACGACAGCAACUAUUACGUCAACAGAACGUACCGAUAGUCCUGACAAUGAUUCAGCAUUCAGUGAUACAGUAUCACUGUUAUCAAGUGAAUCAUCAGCAUCGAGUGGACUUAGUUCAUUGCAUAAUAAUAAUAAUAUUGUUAGUAAAAUUAUUCCAUCAUCUCAAAAUAAUCUUGUUCAAGAUUCAAAAUCUUCAAAGAUUCAACUCGCCCUACAGAAAUUAGAACAUGCAUCAGUGAGGAGGCUGUUUGUCAAAGCAUUCACAGAGGAUGGCUCAUCAAAGUCAUUGUUGGUCGAUGAGAGGAUGAAUUGUGGCUUUGUGACAAAAUUAUUAGCCGAUAAAAAUCAUGUCAGUAUGGAAGUCUCAUGGGGAUUGAUAGAGUAUUUGCCAGAGCUUUUUAUUGAACGCCUUUUUGAAGAUCAUGAACAAUUAGUUGAAAAUUUAUUAAUGUGGAGUAGCGAUAGUAAAAAUCGUGUUUUGUUUAUCAAACGUAAUGACAGAGUGUCCUUAUUUAAUACACCCGAGUUAUAUUUACCGUCAUUUGAAAUGGCACCGGGUACGGAGCAUGAUGAAGAAUCAAGAAAUUUAUUACUCGAAGAGUUUUUUACAAAUAAUAAUCAAAUAUCACUCGAAGGUCCAUUAUAUUUGAAAAGUGAAUCAAAGAAAGGCUGGAAACGAUAUCAUUUUGUUCUUAGAGCAUCUGGAUUAUAUUAUUAUCCAAAAGAGAAGGAAAAGUCAAAAUCAUCAAAAGAUUUAAUGUGCUUGGCACUAUUUAAUGCACAUAAUGUAUACAAAGGAAUUGGAUGGAAGAAGAAGUAUAAGGCACCGUCAGAUUUUGGAUUUGCAUUGAAAUGUCCCAAGGUCAAUAUAACUGGUAAAGGAAUGAAGAUGCUAUGUGCUGAGGACUCAGAGACACUUGAAAAGUGGAUCAUGUGCUGUCGUAUUGCAAAGUAUGGAAAGAAAUUAUUUGAUAAUUAUAAGAAUUUAGUCGAUGACUUAGCACGUGAGGACUUGGAUAAAAUAGCAUCAACACGACUCUCAUUUACACCAAUAACAACACAGUUAAGUACUGAUAAGCUUAGUGUCGGAAGUCAGAAUGGACGUUUAUCACGUGCUAGUACAAGUUCAAGUUCCAGCGGUUGUUUAUCUGAUGAUAAUAAUGGAUUCGAGGCAGAAUUCACAACCGGAACUAUAAAAAGAAAACCAACAAUGAAACCAAAUCUUCCAUUAACGUCCAAAACACGUCAACUGAUAAAGGAAGUUGAUGAUACUCCAGCAUCACGUAGUGAUGAUACAAUUGAUCAAAAUGGGACAUUAACACGUCGUCAUACACACAAUAAUAAUGGAACAUUAAAGAGACAGAAUUCAAAUCGAUGCUCAUUUGAUAGCAUCAAGUCCGUACCAUCACCAGUUACACCUGAUGAAGUGUCAUAUAAGCCUUUGAUCAAAUCACUUGACACAAUUGACUCAGUAUCAAAAUUAUCAUCCUGUAUGACAGACUCAAUGAUGUCCCUUCCACCACCACCACCAGAAAGUGCAGUAGAAUGCAUCAUGACUGCAUCGACAUUGUCAUUAAACUCAUUACCAUUACCAGAACCGCCAGAUGAAGAUACUCUUAAACAAAUAACACGAGAAUCGUUGAUUGAAUCGACUAUUGAGGAAUCUCUAGUAAUGACUGAAAUGAAUAGCAAUCCGAAUGUGUCAGUUCCAAUGCAACCACAACCAACAUAUAUAGCCCCAACGAUUGCUCCACCAACAAUAGUACAGCACCAAAAAAUGCCUGAAGUUGAACCAAUUUAUAAGACUAUUUUAAAAGCACCGCCAUAUAAAUCACCACCACCCGUACAUAAUUCAAAAUAUAGCACACCUCCGCCAAUACCACAAAAGUCUGUAUCAUUUGCCGACUCACCACCUCCCGUAAUUUUGAGAAAGAAAGUCUGCUUCGACGAUGAAAUCGAACGAAUUCCAUUAUCGCCAAGAAUUGAGCGACCACCACCACCAAUUCGUGAUCGAGCAACUCAUCUCUCGUCAUCAAAUAAUUCAUCACCAAAACGCCUUUGUGACUCAGUAUGUAAUCCAACUCAAGACUUUUGGAAUGAUUUACAACGUGUAGUGAAUAAGAAGUUGAGUGUUGCACAAAAGUGUAAAAUGGAUCUUCAAAUGACACCCGGUGAAGUUUUGGGUUUUCGUGAUGCCGAUCCAAUCUAUGAGACAAAUUUAAAUUACCGUGAAACGUCCACGACAAACUGGGUGAUUGAACAUUAUGGAGAUAAUCUUUAUGAGAAUUGGAAUGGCAAUAAUAAUAAUAAUAAUAAUAGUAAUGAUAAUAGAUGUAGUAAUAGUAGUAGUCCAAAUGGAACAUUGCAGAAUCCAGUCGUGAUUUAUCGUGACACGAAACAAAAUCUUCCAUUAAGUCCACAAAGAAGAUCUCGCGGACCACCAGUUCCAGUUCGUAAUUCAUCGACUCGACUUAGUGCUACAGCUAAUGGUAAUGCGACAGAUAUGCAAUAA